GGUUGGAUUUAAACUGGCAGCUAAUAAGCAAGAAGUGAUGGACACUUCUAAACCGGACAUGGGCAAGAUAACUAAAACGAAAAGCAUUCCAUUUCGUCACAUUUUGACAUCUCCCGCAGUUUGGGCCUUCAUUCUGUUACAAGUAGCGGCUUACGUUUGGGACCCAAACCUUCUUCCACUCUACUUUAACCAAAGUUUUGGAACUAAGAUAGAACUGACAGGAGUUCUCGCUGGAGUGCCCAUACUGAUAUUUGGAGCGAUAGAGCCGCUUUUCGCUCUUCUUGGAAACUUACUCUGCAAGUACGUCUCCACGACUGUUGCGAGAAAGGUAAUGGCUGUCACCGCCUGUCUGUGCGUUUCUGGGUGCCUAUUCACGGCAGCCUUCACCUCCAACCCUGUCGUGGCAGCCUGUUUCGUCGCGGUGGGCUUCGGUUGUUCUGCAGCUAGGGCAGCAGUUGCUGAUUGCAACCUCUUCGACAUCGUUCCCCGGUACGUCAGCGUGAUAGAAGGGAUCUGCCGUGUCACGUGCCGUAUUGUGGGACUGACAUUUCCAUUGUUAGCGACUGCGCUCACUCCGCAUAAGACGCUUCAGGAGUGGUCCCGUGUUGUCCUGAUUAAGGCCUGUGUGUUCGCCGCUACCGGGCUGAUCUUUCUGGUCUUCGGGAGCGGGGAGGAGCAGUCCUGGGCCGCGGUGCCCUUACAAGGUCACGAUGGCGACGACAUUCAGCAAGAUGGAAGCAAUAAAAAGCUCAAUGAUGAAAAAAUACCGUUAGUCGUGAAAUAACAACGAGGGCAAUGAAAAAAACACAAAGUAACGAACAAUUUUCGAAAUCACUCUGCAGACAGUGGGCAGCCUAUAUUCAGAUCCUUGAAUUACUGAAAUGAAUUAAAUCCUUGUUUUAAUGAAUUAUUACAAUAAAUCAAUAGAUUACCAGGGAAAAACAUAAUACUUGACUCAAGUAACUUGAGUAAAUAUAGUAGGCAUGUUAGUGUAGUAGACAUGUACACUUGACGAUUAGUAAUACGAGUAUGUUGUUGUUUUGAAUACUGUAUGCAACCCCCAAAGUUUCAAUGGCUCAUUGUCUCUUCAUUUUUUAAACUGUUGAACUAGCAUAAAAAAGUUAACCCUAUUCAGACAGAGGGGGGUCUUUGACGUUAUAUUGUUCGCAGACACACAAUGCAAAACCCGCUGCAGAAACGCAGGAAAACGCCAGGUAAACCAUUUUCGAACUACCUUUCCACAACUGUUACACACUUACAAAGUAUCACCAAGAUCCAUUCACAACUUCUCGAAUCAUAUGCUGUUGACAUGUGUACAUACAGACUCAACAAGCCCUGACUCAACCGUUUGCAUUAGCCUUCUUGGCGAAGGCAAUGAUAAUAGAAAUGUAACAGAUUUUAAGACAUUAACUGAGGCUCAGAAUAGCCAGAUGCAUUGUACAAUCUGCGCAACGAUAAGACAUUAUCAGAUCAUUAACAGAACAAAACUGAAUCUUUUAUAUCAAUAAACAUAUUCAGACAAUAAAUCUAUGCUUUUGGCAUUGUUGCAAUGUUGGGUAGCAAAUGCGAACAUAGGACCGAACUGCUACCCGUAUGGUACCCAUGCUAUAUGAAGUCAAACCCAACCUGUUUAGAAAUAGCCAACACUAGUAUUAGAGUAGAAUGUUUUUCAUGAUUGUCCAUUGUCACUAUAUUUAUACCAUGUACUUGCAAUUAGCCCUCGGGCACGAACUUGCAAAUAAACUUCUGCAUUGUAUCUCAAUUGUGUCACUUCUUCAAAUUUUGACACACGUUUUCAAAUUUUGGGUAUUUCCUCGUCACGUUGACCAUUUUCCCCGAAAUCAGGCGAAAAUCAAUGCCACCCAUAAAAUCUUCAGUGGCUUAAAUGUAAAAACUGUGACAGACUUAAGAUAAAACGCAUGUUCAGCAUUAUUGAUCUUUUUUUCAACUCUACGUUACGUCUAUAUCAUGGUCAGAAUUCUCGGCUUUCAAGAAUACAUCUCCAAUAUUUAAGAAACUCUGACACAAAGAGAAGAUUGCAACCAUUAUGAAAA